AAUGAUGUCAUCAGAAGGCGCCAUUUGAACUCUGCGGAAUUUGUUUUGAUGGAGCUCGACGUACUGGAAAUGUGUAAACAAAAACGACUGCGGCCACUUGAAAGAUAGUAGGCUAACGGCAAGGUAAACGAUGGACGAAAUCAACCCCCAUUACCGCUUUAUGAACUUGAGGCGGAGGAUACGGGAGGUGCGGGCCGUGCGGUACCGCGAGCGGUUCAAGAGGAUGAUGAGGGAUGGAGAAGUGCUCAGUUACCAAGGGAACUCUGAUGAAGUUGGCUGCUACGUGGCUCCAAGGCCGUUAUCCAAAGGAAACUGCUACUUUGAGGUGACCAUCAUUGACACAGGGGUGAGGGGGAUGAUUGCUGUUGGCCUGGUGCCUCAGUACUACAAGCUGGACCAUCAGCCUGGCUGGCUCCCGCACUCAGUGGCCUACCAUGCUGAUGAUGGAAAGCUGUACAAUGGGAACACUAUUGGACAGCAGUUUGGUCCCAAGUGUAAUUGUGGCGAUCGUAUUGGCUGUGGGAUCUACCUAGAGGCAUUCGAGGACGGACAAACAACGGUCUUCUUCACCAAAAAUGGAAAAGAAGUGGGCACGGUGGUGGUCCCAGCGUCUCCAGAGGCGCUCUACCCGGCCGUGGGGAUGCACUCCCUGGGGGAGGAGGUGCAGCUGGACCUGCAAGUGGAGUGGGGGAUGGAGAAGGAAGACGGACUGAUGAUAGUGGACAGCCACGAGGACGAGUGGGGGCGUCUCCAUGAUGUCAGGUUCACCGGCUCAUUGUUGGAGUACAUGGGUAAAGGGAAAAGCAUCGUGGAUGUGGGUUUGGCCCAGGCCCGUCUACCCCUCAACACACGCUGCCACUACUAUGAGCUGGAGAUCACUGAUGCAGGAGAGAAGUGCUACAUCGCCCUGGGACUGGCACGCAGGGAUUACCCCAAAAACAGACACCCUGGCUGGAGCAGGGGCUCCAUAGCCUAUCAUGCAGAUGAUGGGAAGCUCUUCCAGGGUAGUGGGGUGGGGGACGCCUUUGGCCCUCGCUGUUUUGAGGGGGACGUCAUGGGCUGUGGCAUCAUGUUCCCACGGGACUACAUCCUGGACAGUGGAGAUGACAGUGACGACGGGGACUCAGAGUUGCGGCCUAAGCAGCAGCGUGUCCAGAAUGACCUCUAUAUGAACGAGGAGGAGGAUGGGGAGGAACUGGAGGGGAGGAAGGUCGUGGUGUUCUUCACACGGAAUGGGAAGGUGGUGGGCCGCAAGGAGGUGGCAGUGCCAGCAGGUGGGUUCUAUCCUACCAUCGGCAUGAUGAGCACCGGGGAAAAGGUCAGGGUGGACCUGCACCCUCUAAGCGGGUGAGAGGGGAGGAUGGAGGAGAGGAGGGUGGAGUGAAGAGAGUAGGGACAUGACCAGAGAGAAGUGGCUCCAACACAGACAGACACACACACCACAAACUUGGAGGACAGGGCCAGCUGCAUAAGCGGUCGCUUAUGGCUCCAAGCCACUAGCCCCCCCCCCAAAAAAAUUAUGUGGUUGUGCAUUAGCAAUUUUUCUCUUGGUAUGUCAGUCACUGACAGUCACUCAAUUAACCAUGUCAGCUAACUAUUUUAGAUUGGUAAAUUAUUCUAAACUAGUAAUCAUGGUAGAAUACUGACAGGUCACGCAGGAUGCAUGCCCAGGGGCCCAUUGCUUUUGUUAGUCACUUUCACUCAGAUAUCAUUAACAUGGCAAAAUGUGAAGAAUUACAGGAAAAUAGCUUUAAACUGCAAAACAAAUCAUCUGCCCCAUUGCAAAAUGGUCAGAAUUGGCCAACAAAAUCUCGCUUAGGGCCCCCAAAAGGGAGGAUGACGAUAUGAUGCUAGACCAAUAUGGGAAUUUGUUGUCGUCACAGUGCAGUAUCCAUUUUCUUCACAUCACUCCUGGAUCCAGCAUGUUGUCUGGGAAGUCCCACCUCAGGAGUCAACCCAGAGUAAACUAAACUAUCAGUAGAGGAAACUCAUGCUACUAGAUAGUAUGAAGAUUAAUAUUAUUCAAAGCUGAUAUGUCAAGACUAUACUGUAUGGGUGCCUCAAAGUGCUUACUUUUAUCAUGUCAAUAGAAAAUGCUAGAACCAGUUUAAAGAGAUGCUGGACCAAUCCCAGUCUUUAGCAACAAUCAUUCAAGUCUUAUUAGUUCAACUAUAUUUUGAGAUUAUUAAAGGAAUGCAUUCAAAAUGCUGAAAAGAAUGUAACCCACAGACAAGAAAUACAACUCUCAGGUGUGCCAAAAUCCAAAUAACUAUAACUAGGAUGUUGUGUUAUGUCAUUUUUUUCUAAGACUAUGAUAAUACCAUAUAAUUUUAUCACAAGCACUUUAUUGUAGAUAUACUGAAUUAUGAUGCAUACUACAGGCAUUUGAGAGUCUUUUUGUUUGGGCAUGUCUAUGUUCCUUCAUAUUGUGGAAUGACAGGUUCAAUGAAAUACUUCAUCAAGAUCUGCCUUUCUAGACCAUUUGAAUUUGUUUUGAUUCAUCUUCUGUAAUAUCAGAACUGUACUCAAGCAAUGUGCUGAUUGAUUGUAUUUUAUGAUUAAAACAACUGAAGAUCAUGCACUUAACUGUUCCUGACAGAGUGUCAUUUGAUUUCAUAUUAGGUUCAUUUAAUCAUUGAUAUGAAUGUAUGUCACCUCUAAAUUGUGCACUUGUAUGCAAUCUUUAUAAAUAAAGAUGAGUAUCUAUUUAUAAAG